AUGGCCAAAUCUAGUGACAAGGCUAUGGGCACCCAGCAGGUGGUCACAGCCAUAAUUGCCAACGGUAUUGUUUUCCUGGUGUUUGUGCUCAUAUUCUUGCUUCAACGUUUGAAGCUCAAAAGAAUAUAUGAGCCCAAGUCGUCGUUUGACCUUAUCAAUGAUGAAAAACGGCCCGAUCCGCUGCCUCGCGGUAUCUGGCAGUGGUUUAUGCCCCUGUUGAAGAAAUCAGAUAACUUCAUUAUUCAGCAAGCCGGUCUCGAUGGCUAUUUUUUUAUCCGUUACUUGUUCAUAAUGGCUUGUUUCCUUGCCGUUUCUUCGCUUUACGUGCUGCCUAUCUUACUUCCCAUAAAUGCGGCCAAUGGUGUUCUUAAGAAGGGAUUGGAUAUGUUAGCAUACACAAACGUGGACAAAAAGGGCCGCUACUACGCCCACGUAUUUGUCGGGUGGGUUUUUUACUGGGGAUUCUUGUUUGUUAUUUACCGUGAAUUGGUGUACUACACAUCACUCAGGCAGGUAGUAAUGGCCUCCCCCAGGUACGCCAAAAAGCUUUCCUCCCGGACUGUUUUAUUUCAGACUGUGCCCAAGCAGUUUUUAAGUGAGAAUGAAUUCUCCAAAUUGUUUCAUGGUGUAAAGAACGUCUGGAUCGCUCGGGCUGCUAACGGACUUGGCAAACAGGUCGCAAAGCGGGACAAAAUGGCUGUUCAACUUGAGAAUGCGGAGACCAAGUUAUUGUCUAAGGCUGUCAAGGCGAUUGCCAAGCUCAAGAAAAAAGAUCCAUCGUUCGUUCCUACAACUAACAUUGGCGACUAUGUUCCUUUAAAACAGAGACCACAACACCGCUUGAAAUUCCUUGUGGGCAAGAAAGUCGACACAAUCGAUUACAUUUCUCAGGAGUUGCCCAAAUUGAAUGCCGAGGUAGAGGAGUUACAAAAGAAGCAGGCGGAAGCUUCUCCAUUCAAUUCAGUAUUCGUGGAAUUUGAGUCUCAGUAUGCUGCGCAAGUGGCUGCUCAAACUAUUAUUCAUCACGAACCGUUGGCAAUGGUCCCUGCGCACAUCGGGAUCGCUCCAAAGGAUGUGAUUUGGUCAAAUUUAAGAAUGUUUUGGUUUGAAAGGGCUGUAAGAAAAUAUGCCGCAGUGGCUGCUAUCGUUGCGCUUGUUCUAUUAUGGACAUUUCCCGUGGCCUUUGUUGGUUCUAUAUCCCAAAUAUCUUAUUUGACAGAGAAAGUUCCUUGGUUGGGCUUUAUCAAUAAUCUCCCCGACCAGCUACUGGGUAUUCUAACUUCUUUGGCCCCUAUUAUCGGUCUAGCUGUUUUGAUGAUGCUCCUGCCUAUCUUCAUCCGUAGGAUGGCAUGGCUAGCGGGCAGUCCUUCGUUGCAAGCCGUUGAAUAUUUCACUCAGCAGUCCUACUUUGGGUUUCAAGUCGUCCAAACUUUUUUGGUUACAACAAUCGCUUCUUCGGCCACUGUGGUGGUCCCUGCGAUUAUCAACAAGCCUACUUCCGCCAUGAGUUUACUUGCCCAAAAUCUUCCUAAAGUUUCCAACUUCUUUAUCUCCUACAUUCUAUUACAAGGUUUAUCCAUUUCUUCAGGAGCUCUAUUGCAACUAGUGACUUUGAUUCUAUUUUACAUCAUGAGCUUCCUGUUUGAUAGCACUCCAAGGAAGAAGUGGACCCGUUUCACAAAUUUGGGCUCCAUGGCAUGGGGAACCACUUUCCCCGUCUAUAACACUUUGACAAUUAUCAUCUUCUCUUACGCCAUCAUUGCCCCUAUCAUCCUGCUGUUUGGAGCGGUUUCAUUUUUCCUACUAUACGUUGCCUAUUUGUACAACCUGACCUACGUUUUCAAGGAAUCGCCAGACGCCAAGGGUGCACACUAUCCCAGAGCCCUGUUCCAGACUUUUGUUGGAAUGUACAUUGGGCAAGUGUGUCUACUGGGCUUGUUUGUCGUCGGAAAGGGCUGGGGACCAAUUGUGCUACAAGCCUUAAGCUUGGGUGUCACAACGUUCAUACAUUUGAACUUCAACUCCUCGUUUGACAGACUUAUGAAAUACGUUCCUGUUGACGCAAUGAUGCCACUGGAUGGUGUUUCUAAUACACCCUCUUUCAACACUCGUGACCACCCGAAACCAAAGGACCAAGAUGUUCAGGAAUUACCCCAUUUCCCUAUCAGGAAGUAUCAAGCCAGACACUCACCUCUAAUUGAUCAAAAGACGGCAAGCGUGAGAAGUGAAAACACAAUUGAUAUUAAUGGCACCGUCGGAUUCGACAAUGAGAAUAGUGUAGUAACAACACCACUUUUAGCAGAUGGUGACGGUACGGUGCUAUCGGCUACACCCUUCUGGAAGCGUUACUUCCAACCUCAUAUUUUCCUGUCCUAUAACGCGGUUAAGUCUGUUUUACCAGAUAUUUAUAACCUCCCUGACCCAACUCCAGAGGUCCCUCCAACAAACGCGAAACAUGCGUACGACUACCCUGCUGUAAGCGCCAAGUGUCCCAGCAUUUGGCUCCCUCGCGAUCCGUACGGCUUCUCAACCGUAGAACUGGUUAACCUCUCGCACAUUACUGAAGCGAGCGACAGCGGUGCCGUUAUCGAUGAAAGAGGUAGGAUCUUUUGGGAAACAGGUCCCCCAUCCAAUGAGAAGUCUGAUGAUAAAUACAAUCCGUUUAAUGAAGAGGACGAGGACAUGUGA